CUUCCCUUGUUCAAUCUGCCUAACUUUGUGGUCUGUAUUCAUAUGGAUUUUACGUUGAAAGUGGCAGUUUUCCUCACCUUGGCUUUUAUUUCAUCUAUAUUAGUGCAGCCUGUUUCUGGAGUUAGAAACUCACAAUUGUCAAGGAGGAAGAACAGGGGCACGUAUGGAAAUGAGGAUAUCGUCACUAACUUGCCUGGCCAGCCAGCUGUAGACUUCCGGCAUUAUGCUGGCUAUGUGACCGUGGAUGAAAAGAAUGGAAGAGCACUCUUUUAUUGGUUUUAUGAGGCUACAACUCGCCCUGAUGAAAAACCACUAGUGCUGUGGCUUAAUGGAGGCCCUGGAUGCUCGUCUGUUGGAUAUGGAGCAACACAAGAGAUUGGUCCUUUCUUAGUGGACAUUGAGGGAAAUGGAAUUAAAUUUAAUAACUACUCAUGGAAUAAAGAAGCUAACAUGUUAUUCCUGGAAUCUCCAAUUGGGGUUGGCUUUUCAUACACAAAUACAUCUACUGAUUAUGAUAAUCUAGGAGAUGCCUUCACUGCAAAUGAUGCUUAUACCUUCCUACAUAAGUGGUUCCUCAAGUUCCCCUCAUAUGGAACACGGACCUUUUACAUCGCAGGAGAAAGCCAUGCAGGAAAAUAUGUGCCAGAGCUAGCUGAACUCAUCAUUGACAAGAACAGUGAUCCCUCCCUUUAUAUUGAUUUGAAGGGUAUUCUGCUGGGAAAUCCUGAAACAUCUUCUGCUGAAGAUUGGAGAGGUCUGGUGGAUUAUGCUUGGAGUCACGCUGUGAUAUCUGAUGAAACAUAUAAUAUAAUCAGCAAAAGCUGUGACUUCAACAGCAGUGAUACAUGGAGCAAUCCACAUUGUGACCAAGCUGUGGAUGAAUUAUUCAAACAGUAUAACGAGAUUGAUAUCUAUAGUUUAUACACCUCAGUUUGCAUUGGUAAUAUAGCAGGUUCAGAUGAUAAGUGGAUGAAAGUUGUGAUGAAGCGAGCAUCCAACAUGAUGCCCAGGAUCCUGGGAGGUUAUGAUCCAUGCCUGGAUUCUUAUGCAACAGCUUUCUACAAUAGACCCGACGUUCAAGAGUCACUCCAUGUUAGCAACGGUCACCAGCUCAGAAACUGGAGCAUAUGCAAUCACACGAUGUUUGAAAAUUGGUCAGAAUCAGAUUCAAAAAAAUCUGUUCUUCCAAUAUACAAAAAGUUGAUUGCAGUUGGAGUUAGAAUAUGGGUCUACAGUGGAGACACAGAUGGAAGAGUCCCUGUUUUGUCCACACGGUACAGCUUAAGCUCCUUGGGACUGCCUGUUGUUCAGGCAUGGAGACCCUGGUACCACCAGAAGCAGGUCAGUGGUUGGCUACAAGAAUACAAAGGACUUACUUUUGCAACAUUUAGAGGGGCUGGUCAUGCAGUGCCCUGCUUCAAACCAAGCAGCUCACUUGCAUUCUUCAAAUCCUUUCUCCUUGGAGAAUCUCCACCUUCAUCUCGAUCAUCCGUUUAGUCAACUGAUCCUGGAUUGUGCUUCUGUAGGUCAUAGGGUCUUAUGUGAGUGUUGUUCUCCCAUGGAAAAUGGUUUCCUUAACGUACUUUCCGUGUUGCGUACGGAAAUUAUAUGAAGUUUCUGUAUGUGGUCUCUUAGAAUGCAUUAUAGACUUGGAGAAAUAAGAAAAGGCAAUAAGACGGUUGGAUAGCAUGAUUUUUCUUGUCCUUCCUUAAGGUAUAUGCACGUCUAAUUGUCGUUACCAAGAAAACUCAAUCAUUCGAUACAGUUUAGUCAUCCCUUGAAAGGAGAAGGUGAUCACUUCACCAGAGUCUUUGUUCAGGAUUUCCAUUUUUCUUA